GGGGAGGCGGAGGGGCGGGCGCAGGGCCGGCGGGGCGGCGCGCGGAGGCCGGGAGGGGCUCCGCAGCCCUGCAGCCCCGCUGGCCGUGCCCGGGCCAUGGCGCUGCGUCUGGCGGCCGACUUCGACCUCCGGAAGGACGUGCUCCCGGGGCUGCGGGCGGCGGCGGGGGCCCGGGGCGGCGGCGCAGGUAUUUUAGAAAAUAAUUAUGAGAGCUUACGUGUACUAAAUGUUGAAAGAAAUGGAAAUAUUAUUUAUACCUAUAAGGAUGAUAAGGGAAACGUCUUCUUUGGAUUAUUUGAUUGUCACACCAGACAAAAUGAGCAUCUCUAUACAUUUGAGAAAGACUUGCAAGUUGUCAGUUGCUCUGUCAACAGGGAGAGAACUUUGCUUGCUGCAAGUUUAGUUCAAUCUACUAAAGAAGGAAGAAGAAAUGAGCUUCAACCAGGAUCAAAGUGCUUAACUUUGUUGGUCGAAAUCCACCCCGUUAACAAUGUGAAGGUUCUAAAAGCCGUGGAUAGCUAUAUCUGGGUACAGUUCCUCCACCCACACGUCGAAAGCAACCCUCUCCCAGAGAACCAUCUGUUACUGAUUUCAGAAGAGAAAUAUAUUGAACAAUUUCAUAUCCAAGUCAUCCAAGAAGAUGGAAAUGGAGUGGUGAUUAAAAAUUCUGGCCAUCUCCCAAGAGAGAGAGUAGCUGAGGAUUUUGUUUGGGCUCAAUGGGACACGUCAGAGCAGAGACUAUACUACGUGGAGCUGAAGAAAUCAAGGAGUAUCUUAAAAUGCAUCCAGUUUUAUGCUGACGAGAACUUUAACUUAAUGUUUGAAGCACCCUUGGACAUAGCAUUAAGUGACUCAGGAUUUAAUCUUGUCAACUUUGGAUGUACUGAUCUGCAAGACCAAGAAAAAUUUUCUGAACACCCGACCCUGUGUGUUUUUACCAACCAUACAGGAAGUCUGUGUGUAUGUUAUAGCCCGAAGCUUGACUCUUGGGAACAAAUCACGUAUUCAGUGUUCUACUUUCAUAAAGGGCACAGCAAGACCUUCACCGCUGCCCUUGGGAGUGCUGACUCACGUGUGACAAAGGGCAUUACUUUUCUCAACCUUGACUAUUUCGUAGCUGUUUACUUACCUGGUCAUUUCUUUCAUCUACUUAACAUUCAGCACCCAGACCUGGUCUGCCACAGUUUGUUUCUGACAGGAAACAAUGAAGUGGUUGAUAUGCUACCUCAUGGUCCUUUACAGUCGCUGUCAGGGUCCCUGAUUCUGGAUUGGUGUUCUGGAAGGCUCUAUAGGGCAGACCUCAACCGGUCGUAUUUAUUAGAGUUCCUGUGGGACGCCCGGCUGGACUGGGAGAAGAUGGCUGUGCUGCAUUGUGUGCUCUCGUGUCGCCAAGACACACGGUUCCUGGAAGCCAAGAUUAUUCAGUGGAUUUCUGAGAACAUCUCCGCCUGCCAUUCAUUUGACCUCAUUCAGGAAUUUAUAAUUGCUUCUUCAUAUUGGAGCAUAUAUCCAGAGACAGGUAACAUGGAUAAACUUUUGCCGUAUUCCUCAGUGCUCACUUGGAAUACAGAAAUUCCCGGAAUAACCCUUGUGACGGAAGAGAUCGCACUGCCUCUGAUGAGGGUGCACAGCUUUAAGGGCUACUGGGAAAAACUGCACUCCAACCUGGAAUAUGUUAAGUACUCUGAGCCACACUCGCACUAUAGCAACAGCGUGGUCAGGAGACAGUGGCACAGCCUGAUCUCAGAGGAGAAAACAGGGAAAAGGAGGUCCAUGGCGUAUGUGAGGAAUAUUCUUGAUAAUGCAAUAAAGGUGAUUUCCAAGCUAGAAGCAAGGCAUUUGGAGCCAAGGUUAACACCCCUCUUCCAGGAGGAAGACAAUCACCAGAGGCUGCUGGUGGGGCUGAUGGUGUCUGAACUCAAAGACCAUCUUUUGAGACACCUACGGGGUGUAGAAAAGAAGAGAAUUGAGCAGAUGGUUCUGGACUACAUUUCAAAACAGCUGGAUCUCAUCUGCCAAAUCCUGGAAGCCAGCUGGAGGAAACACAACCUUCACCCCUGGAUUUUCCACUUCAACAGGCGGGCGAGCGCCGCUGAAUUCGCAGUCUUUCACAUCAUGACCAGGAUUCUGGAAGCUACUCACAGUUUGUUUUUACCUCUGCCCCCUGGGACGGAUAAGGAAGGAAAACAAAAUGUCAUCCAUGGUGAUUGAGAAUUAUUGGAAGCUAGUGGCCUCCUCUCGUUGUUAGCCCGUUCACAUCUGCUGUGAGCAGAGUCUGCACUUUGUGUGAGCCUGGACGCUGCCAGGACUCCGGACUCAAGUCCCCCACUGCUCUUGACUCAUGUGCUCAGAGGGGAGCCUCCGUGAUUUCUCUGAGGCAAGUCCCUGCCCUUUGGCCAUCGUUUCUUCGUCACGCAGGCUCCCAAGCUUAGGCCGCGAGUCUUCGGCUCUCCACACUCACAUCCGAUCUGUCUCCGAGGGUACCUGCUGCUGUGCCUCUCCGACCCCUUCCUUCUCGUUCCCUUCUGGGCCCUCAUUCCAUCCUGCCCGGCGUCAUCCAGUCGCCUCCUGACAGGUCCUCCUUCCUCCUGGAGCAAACUGUUCCUCCAGCCGCCUUUGCCUGUUGCCAUUUUCAUACUCCCAACGUAAAGCUCAGAUCCUCUUUCCAUCCUGCUCGAAAGCUGUCAGGGCCCCCAUGAAGUUUACUAAAUAAUACAUUUCUUGGGAUUCAUUGACUAAACCUUUCCAGCUUUACCUUCCAUCCUUCCUUUUGCACACCAGACCCCAACUCAACUGGAUGACACAGUCCUUUCUCAACACGCGCCAUGCUGUCUCAUCUUUGGGCCUGUGUUCAUGUUGUCCCGUUAACCCACCUACCAGUCACCGAGGACAAGGUUGUGGUUAAAAGCCGAGGCUACAAUCCCACAGCCUGCGUUCACAUUUCCGCUCUGCCGCUUACUAUGUAUAGGAUGCUGGGCGUGUCUCUGAGCUCCUGAGAAUCUCGGUUUCCCCACUUAGAAAGUGGGGUCACCUCACGGCGUCUGUGAGGGUGGGGUGCCAGUGCGUGGACUGAAGGCCCCGCACGUGGUUGGUGUUGGUCACUGCUGUUACACCACGUGCUGUGCUCGUCAUAGCCCGGCUCUAGGCUCAGAGCGGGAGGCUCAGAAAGGCUGAGUUACCUACACCUAGGAAGCACAGCAGGACCCGAGCCUCGGUCUGCUCAUGCUGACCCUGCUUUUACUGCUGUCUCCACUCGGAGACUGUCUCACCUUGUUCCCACGCGCGGGACCUGCAUUCACCCCCCAGAGCUCCGCUCACGUGCGUCUUGUCCAGGAGGCUUUUCUGAUUCUCUCCUGGCCUGCCAGCGGCCUCUCGCGUGGAAGCUUUUCUUCUCCUUCAUGCUUAGUGGUGCACGUAGAGCUCUGGCUCUGUGGGCGCCGGGGAGCCCUGCGCAUGGAGACGGCAGCUGGAGAGCGCGCCUUCCUCCGUCAUCUGCUGUCAGACUGUAUCGUUUUAAUUCUUCUUCUCUAUAAUCUAGUCCAAGACGGCGAAAGCCUUUCUCUAGGGCCUACCCAGAGAUCAGGCAUAGAGACUGCCCCCUUCUGGUCCAAAUUUUGUCCCCUUCCCCAAAAUGGUCCCCGUCCACCAGCCCUUCAGCCUGAGCAUGUGGAAUGGAAGCUCUCCUGUUACUUUUCCCCGCUGGCCAUUUUGCCGUGGAAUUGCAAACCUAUUAAACAGUGAAACCAUUUUUCACGGGGCAGGCCUUGCGCUCUUUUUGCCUAGGAAGGGGCACAAGGUGAAGGGAACUCAGACUCACUGGGAACUGACUGGAUACCCAGCACAAUGCUUAGGCGAUGAUAGUACAAAGAAGGGCGCUUGGACCUCGUUUUCAAGGAGCGUUCAUUUGACUCUGGGUGCUGAGCACUGAGUUAGUGCUGUGUUAACAUCGCCAGACUCGUCCCCUCUGGAAGGUGGGAUGCUGGCCAACCGUGUUUGCCUCUCGGGUCCCUCCUCCCAGGGUUCCACACUCUGCACACGGUCCUCGGCGUGCGCUGUCUCCCUUUGCACAACCUGCUGCAUUACAUUGAUAACGGGGUGUUGCUUCUCACGGAAACGGCCGUCA